GGCAACCGCGUCGGCCAUCGCUGAGAUGCUCACCGAUGCCCGCAACCUAAAGCGCCACGGAUCGAUGAAUCACCUCCGUGUCAUCACUGAGGUCCUGAUGCGCAACGUGCCAGAGGAUGUCGACACGGUGGAGUUCGCCACGGAGCUCCAGCAGCGCAGGCUGCAGAUGCGCGUCUACGCCACAUCCCCCCCAGGCGUGCGAGAUUACAUCAAGGCAUACGGCCUCCUGGGGCGCUGCGCGAAUAUGACCGCGAGUGCUAUUGGUGUCGCCCGCGCCAAUGAUAGGUCGUAUAGCAAGGUUUUGACCCAGGCGUCACAGGACGGCCCAAUGGUCGGCCUGGUGGUGAAGCUCUACCAGGAGAAGCGAAGCAACCUGGGGGCCGUGCAGGCGAUGCUGAACGUGGCUGCCGAGAAGAACCAGCGG